AUGCCGCGCAUUCUCUUCGUCAGUGGUUUCCAUCCUGCUACCCGGGCUAGGGACUUGGCAUUUGAGUUUGAAAGGUUUGGCCCCUUGGUGCGUUGCGACGUUCCUGCUCCUCGAAACCCGCAUGCGACUUCGAACCCUUACGCUUUCGUCGAAUUCCGCAGCCAGCGUGAUGCUGAGGAUGCCUACUAUGAUAUGCAUGGUAGGUACUUUGAAGGAUCCCGGUUGAGUAUCCAGUGGGCCAAGAAUCCUCCUUCCUCGGUCUGGCGCUACGAUAGGCGAUCCUCACCUCCACACCGCUCUUCUCGUGACCGCGACCGCGACCGUUCUCGCAGUCCUCCACCUCGCCGACGAGACGAUCGUGACAAGGAUAGAGAUGUUGACAGGGACAGGGGUGAUAGAGACCGUGACAGGAGAAGGCGCAGCCGCUCUCCCAUUCCUGAGAGACGUCGUAGCCCCUCUCCAGACAGGCGGAGAGACGACCGUGCUCGUACUCCUCCGCCCCCUCAGGAUAUUGAUAUGAAGAAGGAUGACGAUCGGGCUCAAACUCCUCCCUAUGAUCAUUGA